CCAUUUAAAAUAAAUAAAUGUUAAAAAAAAUCGGCGGUUUGUAAAGCAAUUGUGCCCCUUAGCGGUUACAAUACCAACCUGCAUCCCACCCUAAGCAACGCGAAGGAUAAAGAGAAAGCGCUCAGCCGCUCCUGUCGCAGUCCAAGCACUCAUCGAGUAUCAAAAGGAUGCGCUAAAUCAGUCCCAAAUUGGAGAACACACCACCGCGGGCACAUUGCAAAGUUGUUACGAACGGAUAUUUCUCUCUCUCUCUCUCUCUCAAAGGACCUGGACCUCCAUUUUAAAGCUGCCAGCAUGAUGAAGGAAUGCCUGCAGUUCCUCAUUGAACCGGCCAAAAAGCUCAAGAGCCGAUUGAAGCAGUCCCGCAAGCGAGUGAGGCUGGAAAAAAAAGAGCUGCUGGUGGAGAGUCAAUUAUUCAUCAUGGAGCUGGCCCGAGAACUCAGCAAAAUUUGUCAGAGGUCCACCAUUCUCCAACAUAUAUGGGCCGGUGAGGAUGUAUGGCCAGCCAGCUUGUGUCGGGACUUUAUUGCGGAGUGGGCGACUGUGCUGGAGAAGAAAGUGCAGCCCACAGUCAGCCUGUCAGACUGCCAGUACCACAGGCCGGAGAAGAUUGACUGGAGAGGUCACCUCCUUUGCAUCCUGGAGGCAGUAGAGGAGUGCGAUAUGGGGCCUCACAAGAGGGUCAUCAUGGAGUGGACGCGGAAAAUUAAAAGCAGGCCUCAGCCCACCGUGUGGCCCGGUGAGCCGGUGCUCAUGAUGCUGGACGACUUGGAGUUUCAGUGGAAGAGGGGUCGUCUGCCCAACCUUCUCCCAGCUGUGGAGCUUGUUAUGCUGGUUGUGCUGAACGCAGACAGCCCUGUCAAGGAGGACAUGACCAAGGAAUGGCUGGUCAGAAAGCAGAGAAACCAGAACAUGGAUGCUGUCCACUACAUACCCCAUGGUGUGUGGAACUGGAUCUUUGAGGCCUCAGAGGACGUGUUGCUGGACCCAGACUCAGCCAACCCAGACCUGUUGAUCUCCACUGAUGAAAAGAGCAUGCGAUGCGGCCUGGAGCGCCGCGACGUCCCGUGUUGCAACGGCCGCUUCGACGGCUGGUGGUGCGCCGCGGGUCAGGAGGGCUUCGCCUCCGGACGCCACUACUGGGAAGUGGAAGUGGGCCAACGGGACUGGCGUCUGGGUGUGGCUAAGGCGUCUGCCGUGAGGCGAGGUUUCCGCUCUCUCAACACAGACACGGGCUACCUGACCCUGCGCCUGGAGAGGGGCAAGGAUGUGAAGGCCUUGACGGUGCCCGCUACCUCGCUGCCUCGGAGCCUGGCGCCCAGGAAAGUGGGUGUGUACCUGGACUAUGAGCAGGGCCAGUUGUCCUUCUAUGACGUCGACAAGCGCUCCCACGUGUACACUUUUAAUGAAAAGUUCACAGAGAAGCUCGUCCCCAUAUUCGGGACUGUGGAGGUGCUCAAGGACCUGGUGAUCAGGCCAGCAGGGGUCAAACAACGGUGCCUUUGUCCUGGGCCAUGCCUCUGGAACUGAACUACACAACAUCACACAGCGUUUCUAGGAGGGGCAGUCAAAAAGUAACAAGCCCAAUUUAAUUCAACCUACUAAUAAUAGAUUUUUACUGUCCAGAAAUUUUCACGGUUUGUAGUUUAAAUACUUGUUUGAAGGUUUAAAUAUUUGUUUAUGCCUGUCCUCUCCAUCCAUCCAUCCAUUUUUUACCGCUUAUCCGAGGUCGGGUCGCGGGGGUAGUAGCUUUUAUCAGGGACGCCCAGACUUCCCUCUCCCCAGCCACUUCAUCCAGCUCUUCCGCGGGGAUCCCGAGGUGUUCCCAGGCCAGCCGAAGGACGUAGUCUCUCCAGCGUGUCCUGGGUCGUCCCCGGUGUCUCCUCCCGGUGGGACGUGCCCGGAACACCUCACCAGGGAAGCGUCUGGGAGGCAUCCGAAUCAGAUGCCCCAGCCACCUCAUCUGGCUCCUCUUGAUGUGGAGGAGCAGCGGCUCUACUCUGAGAUCCUCCCGGAUGACCGAGCUUCUCACUCUAUCUCUAAGGGAGAGCCCGGACACCCUGGGGAGGAAACUCAUUUCGGCUACUUGUAUCCGGGAUCUUGUUCUUUCGGUCACGAACCACAGCUCGUGACCAUAGGUGAGGGUAGGAACGUAGAUCGACCGGUAAAUCGAGAGCUUCGCCUUUCGGCUUAGCUCCUUCUUCACCACAACGGAAUGAUACAAAGUCACUGCAGAUGCUGCACCGAUCCGCCUGUCGAUCUCCCGUUCCAUUCUUCUCUCACUCGUGAACAAGACCCCAAGAUACUUGAACUCCUCCACUUGGGGGAGGAUCUCAUCCCUGACCUGGAGAGGGCCCGCCACCCUUUUCCGACUGAGGACCAUGGUCUCAGAUUUGGAGGCGAUGAUUCUCAUCCCAGCCGCUUCACACUCAGCUGCGAACUGCUCCAGUGAGAGUUGGAGAUCACGGCCUGAUGAAGCCAACAGAACCGCAUCAUCUGCAAAAAGCAGAGAUGCAAUACUGAGGCCACCAAGGCCACUGCGCCUUGAAAUCCUGUCCAUAAAAGUUAUGAACAGAAUCGGUGACAAACGGCAGCCGUGGCGGAGUCCAACCCUCACCGGAAACGAGUCCGACUUACUGCUGGAUAUGCGGACCAAACUCUCUCUCCGGUCGUACAGGGACCAAACAGCCCGUAUCAGGGGGUUCGGUACCCCAUACUCAUAGGAGCUUUUUAACCACAUCGGUGACCUCAACCCCAGAGAUAGGAGAGCCCGCCUCAGAGAACCCAGACUCUGCUCCCUCAUGGGAAGGCGUGUCGGUGGAAUUGAGGAGGUCUUCGAAGUAUUCUCCACACCGACUCACAACGUCCCGAGUCGAGGUCAGCAGCGCCCCAUCCCCACUCUUGUUGUUAUUUAAAAAAAAACAAAAAAACCUGCAAACAAGUAUUUCAGCUCCAAACCGUGGAAAUUUCUGAAAAAGAUUUCAAAUAUUAGUAGGUUAAAUUUAAUUAGACUCAUUACUUUUAGACUCCAUCUCAUAUUAUGGUAUGAGAAAGUGGCUGGUCGUGUAUUUGUUACCGGGGCCUUUAGUGCGGAUUUAAGUAACUUAAUCCACUUCUGAAUAUAAGCACUACCGCAGUUAUAGAUACCAUCAAAAAUGCAAUACAGUGGAAUGUCCAAGCCCUGCCGUGAAUAGUGACGGUCUGCAAGUAAUUGACGCCCCCCAAUAAAGGUUUAGAAUUGUCUAAGGAUGCCACAAGAUGGUGGCAAAGCACUGCGUUUGACUAAAUGAAACUCCUCAACUCACUUCAACAUAGUUUCUUGGCACCAAGGAGCCACAAGAUUGUUUACAAAUCACUAUUUUUUGCUAAAUUAAGCUCCUCGAUUCACUUCAUCAUAGUUCUUUGGCACCAAAAUGCCAAAAGUUGGUGGCUAACUUUUGUGUAAAUGAAGCUCCCAAUUCACAUCAAAAUACUUCCUUGGCAUCGAGAUGCCUCAAGAUUGCACCAAAGUAAUACUUUUAUUGCUUUUUAAUGAGCACAAAACCAGCAAAUAGGUGAGUUUUCAGCAAAUAACAGAGGAUAAGUAAACAAACAAAAAAAAUGAUGCAAAUAAAUAGGUUAAUUCACCCUCCUAAAAAAGGUUUAUAAUUGCCUGUAGCUGCCACAUGAUGAUGACAAAGCACUACUUUUAUCUAAAUGAAUCGCCUCAUUUUACUUCAACACAGUUCCAGAGAUGCCACAAAAUGUGCCAAAGUAAUACUUUUAUUUUGCAGAUAGGUGAGUUUUUCCCAAUUGCAAUUAAUGGAGGAUAUGUUCCAAGAAAAAAAAAAAAAGAUGAAUUUGCUGAAUAACUGAAUGACUGAAUAAAUAGAAUGUCGUCGCCUCACACAGAGGCUGAAAUGUGAUUGGACAAAAAAAAAAAAGAUCCCAAUUAACAUCCACAUGUACUGGAAGCAACCAAGAGAAAUGCUACAAAAUGAAGAGUAUAGAGUGUUGGGAAUAUUUAGUACAAUUUCAUGGAACGAAUGUUAGGUUGUAAAUGUAUGUCGGUGUUUAAACCAGCAGAGAAGACGCACCACUGGUAUGAGCAUAUUUUAAGCAUAACAAAAUCCAAUUCACUGGAACCACCAAUUUCGAACACAAUGCCACACUGGUUCACCUCCAUAGGAAAUAACGCAAUGACAAAUAAUUAGUCUUUAACUGUUGCCAUCAUAAAACCUUAAUUAACUUUACAGGAAAUGUUUUAUGUAUAGGGGGUUCUCAGUUUAUGAAAAAGUUCUAUUCCUAUGACGGUGACAUUAAAUGGGAAAUUCUUCGACUUCUGUGGUUCCAUUGUAUCCAAAAUGUAUAUAGAAACACCAAUAGCAUAGAACGAGCUUAAUUCUCCACUGGGUUACAUCAUGGAUCACAGAGUGAAAUACAGUAUUUGCCUAGUGUACAGUAUGUUUUCAGCUUGAUUGCUUUUUAUACAGUUUAAAUGUCUGACAGAUUUGUCGUAUUUGUAAAGGGCUUUUUUGCAGGGUGGAUUUCUUUGUUUUGUUUUGUACAUGG